UUUGCUCAAUACAUCAAACAAGCUAGUUAGCCAUGGCUCAAGUUCUUCACAGCCUCCAUGAGCAUGCGUCUCCCCAAGUCCUUGUGCUCAUCGUAUGCCCUCUUGUCCUCCUCCUCCUCAUCGUUCGGUUUGCCACAUCCACGGCAACCACAAGGAGAGCAGACAAGCUGCUCGACAGACUCCCAUCGCCUCCCUACAAGCUCCCUCUCAUCGGCCACCUCCACCUCGUCGGCUCACUGCCCCACAUUUCCCUCCGCAAUCUCGCCGAGAAGCAUGGCCCCGAUGUCAUGCUUCUACGCCUUGGCGCCGUCCCCAGCCUCGUUGUGUCGUCCGCUCGUGCAGCCAUGGCAGUUCUUCGCACGCACGACCAUGUGUUUGCGUCCCGGGUGCAGUCCGCCAUGACUGACAUCCUCUACUAUGGAUCAACUGAUAUGGGCUUCUCCCCAUAUGGGGAUUACUGGCGCCAGAUUAGAAAGAUCACAGCAACACAUCUUCUCAGUUCCAAGAAAGUUGGCUCCUACCGUCUCGCCCGUGAAAACGAGGUACAAGACGCUAUGGCGAGGAUCCGCACGGCAGCCGCCAGGAGCACUGCAGUGGACCUUAGUAAGCUGCUUAGCUCCUUCACCACUGAUAUUGUUUGCCAUGCUGUGUCGGGCAAGUCCUUCAGAGGCGGCGGUCGAAACGAGUUGUUCCGCGAGCUGGUAGAGACUAGCUCGAAGCUCAUAGGUGGGUUCAACCUGGAGGACUACUUCCCCAAGUUGGCAAGGCUGGACGUGGUAAGGAGGAUGGUGUGUGCUAGGGCGGAGAGAAUAAACAAGAAAUGGGAUGACUUGCUUGAUGAGAUCAUCGACGACCACGCCAAGAACACGAUGUUGGACCAUGAAAUCAACCAAGACAGAGAGACAGAUUUCAUCGAUGUGUUGCUAUCCAUUCAACAAGAGUACAACCUCACGAGAGAAAACGUCAAGGCCGUGUUGGUGGACAUGUUCAUAGGUGGGACGGACACAUCAUUCAUAGUGUUGGAUUGUGCAAUGGCUGAGCUAAUCCAAAAUCCAGAGGUGAUGACCAAGCUCCAGGCUGAGGUGAGGAGCAUGGCAGAGGGGAAGGAAAUGGUUACAGAAGAGGAUCUAAGUGGCAUGAUCUACCUCAAGGGUGUUAUAAAAGAGACUCUCCGGCUACACAGUCCCGUGCCGCUCUUCUUGCCCCACCUCUCUACGGCCGACUGCGACAUAGAGGGAUACACCAUACCAUCUGGUACCCGUGUGAUCAUCAAUGGAUGGGCUCUAUCAAGGGACCCUGCCUACUGGGAGAGCGCAGAGGAGUUCAUGCCCGAGCGCUUCAUGGAAAAUGUUGGAAGCACAAUGAUUCAUGACUUCAAGGGAAGCAAUUUUCAUUAUUUGCCUUUUGGGACUGGGCGAAGGGUGUGCCCAGGUAUGAACUUUGGAAUGGCCACUGUUGAGAUAAUGUUGGCAAACCUCAUGUACCACUUCAACUGGGAUCUACCUGCAGGAACAGUAAAAAUCAAUAUGACAGAGUCCUUCGGCGUCACAAUGGGUCGCAAGGAAAAUCUCAUUCUUGUCCCAGCACUUGCUCAAAAACAAGUUUAAUUGGGAUCAUGCUAUAAAAGACUGCAGUAUCCGUUGGAUGGAUGCUUGAUUACCUACUUGUCAGAUUGCAAUCACUAUUGUUGUAUGCAUAGAUAUUGUGCCUUUGUGGUAAGCAUUCACUCGCAAAAAAAAGUUGUAAGCAUUAACAUAUGGGUUUCAGAGUGCACUAUGAUAUAUUGAAAUAAUGGGUACGGUGCCGGAAAAGGCUGAGGAAAAAGUUGUUUA